CCGUCUUUGACUGAGCACUAGAGAGGAUAAGUGUCUCGUUCUGUCUGCGUGGGAAAUUCAUGGGGCUUUAAAUUUGUCACCGGGACACAGGUCCACCCAGGGGGGUCAGUGAGGUUUUCUGUCUUCAUAAGCUCCAGAUGAGAAGAGGCUGAGCAGAGGUUCUGUGAACUGCGCUGAAAUUAAUUUUGCAGUUCAAGGCCCUCAGUUAUACAAGAUUUCAAAGACUACUUAAUGGAUGGUUCUGAUGCACUUAGCUGACACUGCACGGAAAACAAUGUGCAUGGUUCUCAUUGCUAUUGAAGACAAAUUUUGUCUUAGCCGUGAACUUACCCUGCAAUAUAGGAAUAAUGACCGUUGCCAAUGCCAAGUCUGGCACAGCCAUGCAGCAGGUGCUGGAUAACCUCAAGGAGCUGCCGCCUUCAACAGGAGCCAAAGACAUCGACCUCAUCUUCCUCCGUGGCAUUAUGGAGAGUCCCAUAGUUCAGUCCCUUGCUAAGGCUCACGAGCGAUUGGAGGAUGUUAAGCUGGAGGCGGUGCAAAGUAAUAACGUGGAGCUAGUGAGUGAGAUCCUGUCUGACAUGAGCAGUCUGACCACUCAUGAUGAAAGUGCAGCAGAACUCUAUAAGAUCCUGAAGGAACCACACUUCCAGUCCCUGUUAGAAGCUCACGACAAGGUGGCCUCGAAGUCCUAUGAAGCUCCUCCCACCAGCACCAAUUCCACCAGCAUGACCAGCUCAUCCCUCAUGCCGGCUGACACGGUUCGCAUGAUCAGCAUCCAGAAGAAGGUCGGAGAGCCUCUGGGUGUAACAUUCCGGGUGGAGGAUGGCGACCUGGUCAUCGCGCGUGUUCUGCACGGCAGCAUGAUUGACAGGCAAGGCAUGCUGCAUGCAGGUGACGUCAUCCGAGAGGUGAACGGCCGAGAGGUGGGCAAAGACCCCAUGGCAUUACAGCACAUGCUGAGGGACUGCAAUGGAAGCAUCACACUCAAAAUCCUGCCCAGCUACAGGGACACACCUCCGCCCGCACAGGUGUAUCUGAAGCCACAUUUCAACUACAAUCCUGACACGGAUAAUCUGAUCCCUUGUAAAGAGGCUGGAUUGGCUUUCUCUAAAGGAGACAUUCUGCACAUAGUGAACAAGGAGGACCCCAACUGGUGGCAAGCAUGUAAUAUUAAUGGAGGCCGCACUGGUUUGAUCCCCAGUCAGUUUCUGGAGGAAAAGAGGAAGGCAUUUGUGAGGAGAGACCUGGAUGGAUCAGGAAUCCUCUGCGGGACAUUAACUGGAAAAAAGAAGAAAAAGAAAAUGAUGUACUUGACAGCAAAAAAUGCAGAAUUUGAUCGCCAUGAAUUACAGAUCUAUGAGGAAGUGGCAAAGAUGCCUCCGUUCCAGAGAAAAACUCUUGUGCUGAUUGGUGCACAAGGAGUGGGUCGCCGAAGCCUCAAGAACCGCCUGAUUGUGUUAAACCCGUUGCAAUAUGGAACCACUGUCCCUUUCACUUCUCGGCAUCCACGCGAUGAUGAAAAGGACGGCCAGUCGUACCGUUUUGUGUCCCGGGAGGAGAUGGAGACGGACAUCAAGGCAAGUCGCUACCUUGAGCAUGGAGAAUAUGAUGGCAAUCUAUAUGGAACCAAAAUCGACUCGAUCCAUGAAGUCGUUCACACAGGACGGACUUGCAUACUGGACAUCAACCCACAGGCGCUAAAGGUACUGAAGACAUCAGAGUUUAUGCCAUUCGUGGUUUUCAUCGCUGCCCCAGAACUCGAUACACUACGGGACAUGCACAAAGCUGUGGUGGAUGCUGGGAUCACAACCAAACUACUGACGGAAACAGACCUAAAGAAAACAGUGGACGAAAGUGCCAGGAUAAAGCGGGCGUACAAUCACUACUUUGAUCUGACUAUAGUUAAUGACAAUCUGGACAAGGCCUUUGAGAAACUGCAGGCAGCUGUGGAGCAGCUGAGCACACAACCACAGUGGGUCCCUGUCAACUGGGUUUACUGAGACGUACAGCGGUCCAAACACCCCUUCAUCAUCAUCAUCGUCAUCAUCAUCAUCAUCAUCAUCAUCAUCAUCAUCUGAGGCACAGAACACAAGUUCACACUGAACGGACCCAGCAGUCACUAUGCAAAUGUACACUAGCCAUCCAGUCACGACAGACAUAAGGGAAGUGUACUUAUUUAUUAACAUUAUUUUAUUUUCUACUGACUAAACUUAAAAGCAAAUAGGAUUUUUUUUGAAUGGCUUGUCAUUUAAAAUAGUGAUUUUAACAAUUUUCCAAAUAAGUAUAAGCUGCAUUACAGUAUUUAAAGCAGAGGGCUGUUUUCUUGCUGUAAUUUUAGUGUUACAAACGUUGGUUUACAGUGCAGGCUUCAUCUCACAUUUCUGCAUACCUCUGUCAUACAGUUCAGUCACUACAGUGUCAAGCAGCUUUAGUUUAUUCAGCUUCAAACUUAAGAUCUUAUGAGUGUGAUUCUAUUCUAAGUGUUAUCCUUUCAUGUCAGUUCAAUUCAAGGAAGCCAAAUUUAACUUUUACAAAAUCACAAUAGCACUUUAUUUUACAGUCCUGUUAUGUAUGUACUAUAGUAACUAGGUACUAAUCCUGAACCUAUACUUCAGUUGUGAUGUGAACGCUUGAAGGGGUCAUUCACUAAAAAAAUGAUUUACUCCCCCUCAUGUAGUUCCAGACCUGUCUGAAUUCCUUUCCACUAAUAUUUUGAGAAUGUGGGUAACUAACCAAACAGUUGUAUGGUUACCUACAUAGUAUGGAAAGAUACUAUGAAAGUCAAAGGGGACCAGAAACCAUUUGGUCACCCACAUUCUUUAAAAUGUCAUCUUUUGUGUUUAGCUGAAGAAAGAAAUGCAUUCAGGCUUGGAACAACUUUAGGGUGAGUGAAUGAUAACUUAAUUGUAACUUUUGUGAACUCCUGCUUCAUUGCGUCAUCCCAUCCUUGUGAUCCUGGUGUGUUUUUCUACUUUACUACAUUUCUACUGAAAUGAUGGGCCGGUUCAGUGUUUCCACCUUGUGGACAAACAAAUUUGUGUGAGGAAAAAAAAAAACGUAUCAAGACAGAUGCUGUGCCCGAAAUCAAAUACUUCCCCACUGCAUAGUAUGCAAAAAGAAAUAGAUUUAAAAUGGUACACAAACUAUAGUGUGCAUUCAAUGGAUAUUUUACUAUCCCAAGAGGCCUUGGCAGAGGAUUUAUGACAGUAAAGCAAUGCAACAGAUGCCAGGAGGUCACAUGACAGUAACAUGGCAGAUGCAGUAUGUUUGAAUUUCGUUCAUACUACCCAUUCUCAUAUUAUAUAGUACAUACUUUUGCAAAGUUAAUUCCAAUUCAAAUGUAAUGCCCAUUACAGAGAUUUCAGAUGCACCAGGAGCUUGAUCUCUGCAAAAUGAAAGUGAAAAUUUUCUAACUGGUUGGUGUUUUUAAAUAAUGCAAUGAAAAUGAUGCCCCUUACCUGACCCCACCCCUAAACACAGCAGCAAAUCAGGUUGCACAAGUUGAAAACGCCCUCAUUUUGGCCACGUCCUCUGAUCUGGUAACCCAUUACUGUCCUGCAGAGACAUAUAUUUGGAUCAAGGACAGCAUACAGUACACAAGUACUGUGCUUAUGACAAAAUUUGCGUCACAUGCACUGUAUUAAAUUUCUUAAUUAGUUGCAUUUGUUUCUUAACCACCUCACACAAAUACUUGUCAAUGCAGGUGUUUAUUGUUAUUGUGGUCUACGGUAAUUUGUUGUUCUGUUUUCAUUUAUUUGUCAAUUCGAAACAACAUCCCAGGCCACUAAUUAAAUUAAUGCAAAAAAUUUAAAAGCACAUGUACUGCAAAAGUACUGCAAACAUAAUAUACUUGCAGUAUAAAUACACUAGGCUUAAGGGCAGUUCACACAGAACAAGUUUGUGUUCCAUCGCACAUUUUAUUUAUAUAUAUAUACAGUCUUGUUCAAAAUAAUAGCAGUACAAUGUGACUAACCAGAAUAAUCAAGGUUUUUAGUAUAUUUUUUAUUGCUACGUGGCAAACAAGUUACCAGUAGGUUCAGUAGAUUCUCAGAAAACAAAUGAGACCCAGCAUUCAUGAUAUGCACGCUCUUAAGGCUGUGCAAUUGGGCAAUUAGUUGAAUUAGUUGAAAGGGGUGUGUUCAAAAAAAUAGCAGUGUGGCAUUCAAUCACUGAGGUCAUCAAUUUUGUGAAGAAACAGGUGUGAAUCAGGUGGCCCCUAUUUAAGGAUGAAGCCAACACUUGUUGAACAUGCAUUUGAAAGCUGAGGAAAAUGGGUCGUUCAAGACAUUGUUCAGAAGAACAGCGUACUUUGAAUAAAAAGUUGAUUAGAGAGGGGAAAACCUCUAAAGAGGUGCAAAAAAUGAUAGGCUGUUCAGCUAAAAUGAUCUCCAAUGCCUUAAAAUGGAGAGCAAAACCAGAGAGACGUGGAAGAAAACGGAAGACAACCAUCAAAAUGGAUAGAAGAAUAACCAGAAUGGCAAAGGCUCAGCCAAUGAUCACCUCCAGGAUGAUCAAAGACAGUCUGGAGUUACCUGUAAGUACUGUGACAGUUAGAAGACGUCUGUGUGAAGCUAAUCUAUUUUCAAGAAUCCCCCGCAAAGUCCCUCUGUUAAAAAAAAGGCAUGUGCAGAAGAGGUUACAAUUUGCCAAAGAACACAUCAACUGGCCUAAAGAGAAAUGGAGGAACAUUUUGUGGACUGAUGAGAGUAAAAUUGUUCUUUUUGGGUCCAAGGGCCACAGGCAGUUUGUGAGACGACCCCCAAACUCUGAAUUCAAGCCACAGUACACAGUGAAGACAGUGAAGCAUGGAGGUGCAAGCAUCAUGAUAUGGGCAUGUUUCUCCUACUAUGGUGUUGGGCCUAUUUAUCGCAUACCAGGGAUCAUGGAUCAGUUUGCAUAUGUUAAAAUACUUGAAGAGGUCAUGUUGCCCUAUGCUGAAGAGGACAUGCCCUUGAAAUGGUUGUUUCAACAAGACAAUGACCCAAAACACACUAGUAAACGGGCAAAGUCUUGGUUCCAAACCAACAAAAUUAAUGUUAUGGAGUGGCCAGCCCAAUCUCCAGACCUUAAUCCAAUUGAGAACUUGUGGGGUGAUAUCAAAAAUGCUGUUUCUGAAGCAAAACCAAGAAAUGUGAACGAAUUGUGGAAUGUUGUUAAAGAAUCAUGGAGUGGAAUAACAGCUGAGAGGUGCCACAAGUUGGUUGACUCCAUGCCACACAGAUGUCAAGCAGUUUUAAAAAACUGUGGUCAUACAACUAAAUAUUAGUUUAGUGAUUCACAGGAUUGCUAAAUCCCAGAAAAUUUUUUUUUUGUACAAAAUAGUUUUGAGUUUGUACAGUCAAAGGUAGACACUGCUAUUUUUUUGAACACACCCCUUUCAACUAAUUGCCCAAUUGCACAGCCUUAAGAGCGUGCAUAUCAUGAAUGCUGGGUCUCAUUUGUUUUCUGAGAAUCUACUGAACCUACUGGUAACUUGUUUGCCACGUAGCAAUAAAAAAUAUACUAAAAACCUUGAUUAUUCUGGUUAGUCACAUUGUACUGCUAUUAUUUUGAACAAGACUGUAUAUAUAUAUAUAUAUAUAUAAAUAUAAUAAUCAUCAUCAUGUGUCUCGCUUCUUUUCAGUGUUUUUUUUUCAUUCAUCAGUGCUGCACCUCAGCAUCUGGAUAUUUUUGUGUGGCAUCUGUAGUUUUUAAAAGCAAAAGCCUGUUCUGUGUAAACCGCCCUUAAAACCUAACCUUAACUCAAGUCCAAGUUACCUUACAUUUAUAUUACCUUUUAUAUUAAGUGCAUGUACUAUAAAAUAAAGUGCAUGCAAUAUCAUGGGUUUAUAGAAUUAUGAGCUAAAGUAAUUGUGUUGCUUGUAUGUCCUAGUUUACAGAAUCAGCACUGUAUUUAGCUAAAUGCCUUUCUCACAGGCACAAAUACACAUUCAAUGGAAUAUAGACCAAGUGUGUCGUGAUCACAAGCUACCUGGCCUCACAGAUUCAUAACCUGUCAUCUAGCUGUAUGUAGUGAUGUACCUCUGUCUCUGGUGUCUUGCUCCAGUGUCUUUUUCAAGGCUUUGUAACUGAUUUUUAUCCAGGUUGUGUAUUCACUUGAAAAUUCUAUAUUUUGCGAUACAGAGAGUUGUAUUUUCUGAAAUUAAACCGCUGUCUAAUAAAUUAAUUUUAAUUUUG